AUCCGGGCCGUGCUUUAACGGAUCAGGACAGUGGUUUAACGGAACAGGACCGUGCUUUAACGGAACGGGAGCUUGCAAUAACGGAUCUGGGAAUGGGUGGGGAGGAAGGGGAGGGUUCGGAAGAGGCGGGUUUGGUCGCGGGGUUGGGAGGGGCGGGGGAUUUGGCCGGGGUAACGGUCCCUGGUGGUGGGACGAGGAUGACGUGGAGGCAUUUAACAGCACCACGUGGCCUUGCAUGAACGGGAACGGCAGUGGUUAUGGCGCUGGCGCUGGCGCUGCUGGUGGGUUUGGCGGUGGUUUUGGUGCUGGUGCUGGUGCUGGUGCUGGUGCUGGUGCUGGUGCUGGUGCUGGUGCUGGUGCUGGUGCUGGUGCUGGGUUUGGAAAUGGCCGGGUGAGAGCAUCCCUCUCCAGCUGCUCUUCUGAUGCUCCGCUGCUGUCCGGAGGCUCAUUCUUCCUCUCCAUCUUCAAGAACGCCACUGGCCAUUUCAACCUCCAUUACACCAUAGUUAUUCGUAACAUCACUACUGCCUCCUCCGUCCCCGAUACAAUCACACUCGUUAAGAGCAGCACUGCCUGUAACAACUCCGCCCCCACGCUCUUCUCCUUCCCUGUUGCCGCCGACGAAUGGGAGCUCGCCAACUCAACGGGCGGCCCCGCCAGGUGGGGUCUGUACACCACCGUUACUGUAGCUCGGCUCUUUGACACCUUAGAGGAUGUCGAUGCUGCUACUAUCGAGGAUAUUCUGGCCAGCGUUCCCAAUGCUACAGUGCCUGGGGACUGGGGUAACGGUGUAACCGGAUGGGGCCAGGGGUAUGGUCCUGGAAAUGGUAACGGAUAUGGAAACGGUAAUGUGCGGAGGUUUGGUGUGAGUAGUGGCAGUGUGGGGAAGAGGGUAGAGCAGCGGGGGAGGGGGUUGUGGGAGGUGGCAGAUGCAUGGUUCAAGAGCCUGUUUGCGGCUAAGGGAGUGGAGGAGGGGAGGGAGGAGAGCAGGGAGGAGGGGAGUGAGGAGGGGGGUGUUAGUGGUGGUGAUGUGAGCAGCAGCAGCAGCAAGUAUGAGACGACUUCUCAAGCACACGCCCCCUUCCCAAAGAUCUCCGCCGUCCGUGUGGCUCUGGAGGUGCUGGGACCGCAGUACGAGAACAACUUCGUCGUCGAGCCGUUCGUCCAAAACUCUGCAUGCGACGCCGAAGUUGCCGCUCAGGCUGCACAGCGACUAGUAUACACGAACGUGGUCGGCGUGGUGGGUCCGGCGUGCUCCGAAGCCGUGAAGGGCGCGAACCCCGUGCUCAAGGCGGCCGGAAUUCCGUUCGUCUCGUUUGCUGCUACUGCCGACGGGUUCUCCAGCGACGUCGAGUACCCCACCUUCUUCCGCACUGUCUUCCCUGACGCGGACCAAGCGACGGCCAUCGUUUCAGUGAUCGAGCACUUCAACUUCGACCAGAUUCACCUCUUCUAUUCGGACGAGAUUUAUGGCACCUCUCUCGCAAAGGGCAUCAAGAACAUUCUGAGCGGCAAGCGCGUGGUGCAGCCGAUCAAGGUGCCGUACCCCGUCGACCCCACGGCCCUCGACCAGUACUUCGCCAACAUGAAGCCCAGCAACGCGUCCGUCUGCGUCUUCGCCACGCUGCCCAACGUCGCGGAGGCCCUGUGGGAGACGGCGUUCCGCCUGGGCCAGACAAAGUUCCCGUACUGGUACCUGGGAGCUGAUGGCGCCGUUGCGUUUGACCUUGUUGGCGAAGGCAAGGACCUUACCAACCUCACUCACGCCCUCCAGGGAGAAAUCGGCGUCGGGCCUUACAAGGGCAACUACCAUCCGCGCACGUCCCCCUUCAACCAGUUCAAGGACUUCUGGGCCACCAAGACGCACGAGGAGUACCCUGGCCUGCUCACACUCGAUGCCUCCCCCCGGUUCACUGAAGCCCGUGCCUACGUCACCAACCUGAUUGAUUCCAUUUGGGCAUUCUUUGAAGCUUUCAAGACGAUUGUUGUCGACCAAGGCAAGGAGGUGACGGCGCCACUGCUGCUGGACUGCUUCCGAGGCAUCCCCUCGCAGUGCAUCGCCUUCAAUGGCGCCUCUGGCACCGUCUCCUUCAACAGCACCACGGGCGAGAGGCAGACAGAGGUGUCUGCGCCCCAAUAUGGAUUCUACAACCUCAUUGACGUCACAUGGAAGGAGAAGAGCAAGUGGGUGCUGGGCAGCUACAAGAUCAACCCCAACCUGGACUACAUUGAGCGCCCGGGCCCUCUCCCGGCCAGCUGGAAAACGGAUCUCAUGAAGCAGAUUGCCGCCCAGCCUGCUGUCAUCCCGGCCGGCAUCGACAAGUCGCAGCCUGUUUCGGAUACUUUCGACACCCUGCCCGGCGCCAAGGAGAAGGAUUACAAUACCACCACUACCAAGGCCCCGGCACCGUCCGGUGGUGGUGGCGGGCCGAGCACGGGAGCCAUUGUUGCUCUUGUGCUGGUCAUUAUCGUAGCAGUGGGAGUGCUCGGAUAUGGUGGAUGGUACUGGUACAACCGCAACUAUCGCCACCCCGAGCACCAGACAUUCGUUCGCAUGCUUUAG